AUGUCUGCUGCCGUUCGUUCGUUAUCCAGCCGUUUGGCUCGUUUUGCCGCCUAUGAAUGUACCGCUGAUUUAUCCCAUCUCAGCACCCACGAGCGUACCGCCAUUACCAAACUUGUCAAGGCUGGCAAGCUUUUUGACCAGAUUUACUUGCGUCAAGCCUGGUCCGGCAAUGAAGCUCUCCAGAAGAAACUUCAACAGCAAGGCAGCAAGGAACAAGUCCUGUUAUUUGAUAUGUACAAGGGACCUUGGGCUAUCGAGGACGACAAUGUGCCUUUUAUUGAUGGCGUGCCUCAACGUCCUGAAGGUGGUAAUUUUUAUCCUGAGGACAUGACCAAAGACGAAUUUGAAAGCUGGCUUCAAACUCUGGAUGGUCCACAGCAAGCUCAGGCAAAGAGUUUCUACACAGUGAUCCGUCGCAAGGACGAUGGGUCACUCCACACGAUUCCAUUUUCUCAAGAGUACAAGGAUUUGUUGACUUCCGCGAGUGAGUAUAUGCGUGCGGCAGCCGAGGAUCUGAAAAAGGUGGAGAAGAGUGCCGACCAAAAAGGUACCAGCAUCGACGAGUUCUUGAGUUCGCGUGCGGCCGCUUUUGAAUCCAAUGAUUACGUGCCUUCCGAACUGGAUUGGUUGCGUUUGGGCAAGUUUAACAAGCUGGAAGUCACCGCGGGACCUUACGAAGUGUACACGGAUGCCAUGCUGGGCUACAAGAGCGCUUACGAGUUCUACGUGCACGUGCGUGACGAACACUCUUCCCAGUUACUGGAAAAAUUCUCAGACUUGCAAUUCGUCGAGGACCGUUUACCUAUUCCGGAAAAUUACCGUAACAAGGAAUUGGUAGCGGCCCCGAUCGUCGUGGUGAAUCAGUUGUACUCGGGCGGCGAUGUUGCGGUGCCCAUGACGGCAGCUUAUAACCUGCCCAACGACGAAGAAGCUAUCAGACAAGGUGGCAGCAAACUGGUCUUGAUCAAGAACGUCCAAGAGGGUAAAUUCGAGCAUGUCUUGACCCCGAUCGCUCAACAAGUCCUGGCCAAGGAACAGUUGAAGUACCUGACCAGUGAAGCUUUCACCACACACAUCUUGUUGCACGAAGUAUGCCAUUCCAACGGUCCCCAUCAUACCCUGGACGGUCACACGGUUCGUUCCAAGCUUCAGGAAUUCCACUCGGCCAUUGAAGAGGCCAAGGCUGAUAUUGCUGGCUUGUUUGCUGCCCAUCUAUUGGUCAAUCACGGUACCAUUGAUAAUGUCAAGAGCGAAGAAUUCUGGGUCACCUUCUUGGCGUCUGCUUUCCGCAGCAUUCGAUUCGGUAUCCAGGAAGCUCACGGUCUCGGUCAGGCUUGCCAAUUGAAUUACCUGAUUGAGAAGGGUGGUUUUGUGUGCGAUCCUUCCAGCAAACUGUUCAGUGUCAACUUUGACAAGAUUGAAAGUGCGGUGUCUGAUUUAACCCGCGAUAUCUUGAUUCUUCAAGGGGAUGGUGACAAGCAAGCUGUGGCGGAUUUCGUGAAGCGAUAUGGACAAAUUGAAAAAGAUACCAAGGCGGCUUUGGAUCGUAUUGAAGAUGCCGGUAUUCCUGUGGAUAUUCGUCCCAUCUAUCCUAUCGAAAAGGAGCUGUAA